CUGGCCCUGGUUCGGGGGACACGAUAGCGCUGCCGAGCGGCGCGGACGGGAGAGGUCGCCCCGCCGCUAUGACCUGCACCAUCGAAAAGAUCCUGACAGACGCCAAGACGCUGCUGGAGCGGCUGCGGGAGCACGAUGCGGCCGCGGAGGCGCUCGUGGACCAGUCGGCGGCCCUGCACCGGCGGGUGGCAGCCAUGCGGGAGGCGGGGGCAGCGCUUCCGGACCAGUAUCCAGAGGAUGCGCCCGAUGCGAAGGACAUGACCAAAUACAAGCCUCACAUUCUCCUGUCCCAAGAGAACACACAGAUUAGAGAUUUGCAGCAAGAAAACAGAGAGCUGUGGGUUUCCCUGGAGGAACACCAGGAUGCCCUGGAGCUGAUCAUGAGCAAGUACCGGAAACAGAUGUUACAGUUGAUGGUUGCUAAGAAAGCAGCAGAUGCCGAACCAGUCCUGAGAGCUCACCAGUCUCACUCUGCAGAAAUUGAAAGUCAAAUUGACAGAAUCUGUGAAAUGGGAGAAGUCAUGAGGAAAGCCGUUCAGGUGGAUGACGACCAGUUCUGUAAGGUUCAGGAGAAGCUAGCCCAGUUAGAGCUUGAAAAUAAGGAACUUCGAGAAUUAUUGUCUAUCAGCAGUGAGUCACUUCAAGUCCGGAGAAAAGACUCAAUGGACACUGCUUUCCAAGCCAUCAAAUAGCUCACCUCCUGAAAGAGAGUGGAGAUCGUCUAUCAAGAACAGAAAUUCUCUUUCCUUUGGUGUUGUUUGUUUAAUAUGUUGCCCCAGGCGUGAUUUAGUAUUGAUUAAAGGUACCAGGUGGCAGUUUAGAAUUGCCAGCCAAUGUGGACUGCCCACAAAACAA